AUGCGCUGCCCUCAGGGUCUUUUGCACCUUCCCAGACGCGAAGAAAAGGGAUACAUCGACAUCCUCGAAGGCCGCCUAUAUGAGCUCGAGUCGGCACUGCUCCAGGUCCUCCCGCUGGUCUCGAACGAACAACUCAACGAGAUCACAGCGUCGAUACCGCCCAUCCCCAGUCGUCCGCAUUUCAGAGCCCGGUUCAGCAGGGCAAGCGACGGGUCAUCGCCACCGCAGGACCUUGCGGUGCCCAGCACUGCGCCAUCGCCUUCAGAGAUCGUAUUCCACCAAGUCCCACAACAACACCAAGAGAACAAUCGACCGCAGCAGCAGCAAUCUCAGAUGAUCGCCACGGCAAAUGAUGAAUUACCUCCGUGUUCGCUCCAGCGUGAUCAGCAGUACCUGAAGCAGAUGAUGUCUGGUUCCUGGCUGCAGCACCGGCAGCAGCACCGGCAGCGCCACCACCACCACCAACAUCUGCCUCUAGAACUAGGCCCCUUCGCCGACUCGUGGCCGCUCGCGGGGGGGGCGGUCGCGCGACAGGACCAGUGUCUCGUCUCUCCGGCAAGACACAGCUUUGUUAGCGGAGGACCUGGUUCCGAGUUCGACUUUAUGCCUGACUAUGACCGGAAUGGCGCGAGGGAGACGGUCAUGGUCUCGUCCCGGGGCUUCUAA